CAGGAGGGGCCGAGCCGAGCCGAGCCGGGCCGGGCCGGGCAGGAUGAGCUCCCCCGCCGAGACCCCGCACCAGCUGCUGGGCCGGAUCCGCUGCCUGGCCGAGUGCGUGGGCUGCUUCGGCCGCGCCCGGCCCCUGCCCGCCGCGCUGUGCUACGUGCCCCGCCGGGUGCGCUACAAGCUGUGCCGGGACCCCGCCGCCGCCGGCUCGGGCCGCUCCCUGCUCAGCGUCAGCGAGAGCCCGGCCCGCGCCCGGGGCUGCAAGAAGCUCGCCAAGGUCGCCAUCGAGCUGCGCAAGGGCACGUGCGUGCGGGCCACCGGCGAGGAGUAUUGCAACAGCCAGGGGCUGUGGGUGAAGCUGUGCCAGGAGCAGCUGGAGGAGUACAAGGGCAGCUGUGAGCUGGAGGAAGGCUGGAUCCUGGUGUGCAAACAUGCCGAGGGAGGGGACCGGCUGGUCCCGGUCGAAUCCACCGACAGAAUCCAGAGGCAGCAGCAGCUCUUCGGCGUCGAUUAUAAACCCGUGAUCAGGUGGGAGCAAGUGGUGGAUCUGACGUACUCCCUGCGGCUUGGCGUGAAACCCAAAACCAUGGAGCAGGACGAGGCGGCGGUGCAGAAGCUCCGGUUCGUGCCCCCGACGUGGAGUUACGAGUGUGAUGAGGACCUGGUGCAUUUCUUGUACGAUCACCUGGGGAAGGAGGACGAGAACCUGGGCAGUGUCAAGCAGUAUGUGGAGAGCAUCGAUGUCUCCUCCUACACGGAAGACUUCAACGUGUCGUGUCUGACGGACGGCAACGCGGACACCUACUGGGAGAGCGACGGCUCCCAGGGCCUGCACUGGGUGCGGCUCACCAUGAAGAAAGGCACCAUCGUCAAGAAGCUCCUGCUGACGGUGGACACGACGGACGAGAACUUCAUGCCCAAGAGGAUCGCGGUGUACGGCGGGGAGGGCGACAGUCUGAAGAAGCUGAGCGACGUGGGCAUCGAUGAGAGCUACAUCGGGGAUGUGUGUGUGCUCGAAGACAUGACCACGCACCUGCCCAUCAUCGAGAUCCGCAUCGUGGAGUGCAGAGCAGAUGAUGGGAUCGACGUCCGCCUCCGAGGGAUCAAGAUCAAGUCGUCCCGGCAGCGGGAGCUGGGGCUGAGCGCGGACAUGUUCCAGCAGGCCAGCCUGGUGCGCUACCCCCGCCUGGAAGGGACUGACCCCGACCUGCUGUACCGGCGGGCCGUGGUCAUUCAGAGGUUUAUCAAGCUCCUGGACAGCGUCCUGCACCACCUCGUGCCGGCCUGGGACCACACGGUCGGCACCUUCAGCUGGCUCAAGCACAUCAAGCAGUUCCUGCUGCUGUCCAAGCGACGCACGGCGCUGAUCGCCCAGUGUCUCAAGGACUCGGAGACCAGCAAGCCCAACUUCAUGCCGCGGCUCUACAUCAACCGGCGCCUGGCCAUGGAGCACCGCGACAACCCCGCCCUGGACCCCAGCUGCAAGAACGCCGUCUUCACCCAGGUGCAUGAGGGCCUUAAACCUUCCGACAAGUACGAGAAGCCCCUGGAUUACAGGUGGCCGCUGCGCUACGACCAGUGGUGGGAGUGUAAGUUCAUCGCCGAGGGCAUCAUCGAUCAAGGAGGUGGGUUCCGGGACAGCCUGGCGGACGUGUCUGAGGAGCUGUGUCCCAGCUCGGCAGAGAGCCCCGUGCCGCUGCCUUUCUUCGUCCGCACGUCCAACCAGGGUAACGGCACCGGGGAGGCCAGGGACAUGUACGUCCCGAACCCGUCCUGCAAGGAGUUUGCCAAGUACGAGUGGAUCGGGCAGAUCAUGGGCGCAGCUCUGAGGGGCAAGGAGUUCCUGGUCCUGGCUCUGCCUGGCUUCGUGUGGAAACAGCUGACCGGGGAGGAGGUCAGCUGGAGCAAGGACUUCCCCGCCGUGGACUCCGUGCUGGUGAAGCUCCUGGAGGUGAUGGAGGUGAUGGACAAGGAGACCUUCGAGUUCAAGUUCGGGCAGGAGCUGACCUACACCACGGUGCUCAGCGACCAGCGCAUGGUGGAGCUGAUCCCCAAUGGCGGCAGCACCGUGGUGCGCUACGAGGACCGCAAGGAAUUCAUCCGCCUGGUGCAGAAGGCCAGGCUGGAGGAGAGCAAGGAGCAGAUCGCUGCCAUGCAGGCCGGGCUGCUCAAGGUGGUGCCCCAGGCCGUCCUCGACCUGCUCACCUGGCAGGAGCUGGAGAAGAAGGUGUGCGGGGACCCCGAGGUGACGGUGGAUGCCCUGAAGAAGCUUACUCGGUUUGAGGAUUUUGAGCCGUCGGACACCAGGGUCCAGUACUUCUGGGAGGCACUCGGCAACUUCACCAACGAGGAUCGCAGCCGCUUCCUGAGGUUUGUCACUGGCCGGAGCCGCCUCCCGGCUCGGAUCUACAUCUACCCGGACAAGCUGGGCUCUGAGACGACGGACGCGCUGCCCGAAUCCUCCACCUGCUCCAGCUCCCUCUACCUCCCCAACUACGCCACCGCCAAGGUGUGUGAGGAGAAGCUGCGUUACGCGGCCUACAACUGCGUGGCCAUUGACACGGACAUGAGCCCAUGGGAGGAGUGACACCGCCGCCGUGGGGCCGAGCAGUCCCCUUACCCCUCCCCCUACCCCAGUCACGACUGGCCCCCUUCCCUCGCCCCCGAGAAACGUGUAUUCAAUAAACACCCAGGUCUAGGCUUGGCUCCCCAGGGCGCGGGCCAGAACCAG